CUAUCCCGUAAGAAAGAAAAAAAAGAAUUUUUCUCAUGUUCGAAUUUCGAAGAAGAAGAAGAAUAUUGUAGGGGAAUUGGAUGAAGUUUUUUGCUCUUUGAGUCAAUCACACAUCUCUGGAGCAAGCCCAUCUCUCAAAGUUUCUCCUUUUUAGUCUCACUUUCAAGCCGAACUAUCUAAACGGGAAGAAUCUUCAAUUUCUUCAUACGUUUAUCUUUCUCAGCUAUGGAUUUCUGGGUUCGACUUCAGUAAGCUUCUCCAGCCAUGGAUUUCGUCAGGGGUUUUUGGAGGAAGCAUAGAAGGAAGGUUUUCGUGACGGCUGGUUGUUUGGGAAGUGGGUAUUUGCUCUACAAGCUAUACAAUUCGCAUACUCGUAGGCUUGCCGAUUUGGAGCGAGAACUCGCUAACGAGCGUGAAAAUGACGAACUUAUCAAAACCCAAAUGAAAGCCCAUUUCGAGAAUAUUCAGAUGAUCGUGGACUCGACCACACUGCCUCACGCGAUGCAGUAUUUGAGUAUCCGCAUAGACGAGGAGAUUGGUGUCUCUGAUGUUAUGGAGACUCUGAACAGUGGGAGAGGAAUGUUGACUCCGUCUGAGAAGCUUCAGCUUUGGGACGAGCUCAAGAUUUUGAGUUUCACGAGGAUGGUUUUGUCUCUGUGGUCCGUUACAAUGCUUAGCUUGUACAUUAGGGUUCAAGUCAACAUUUUAGGCAGACAUUUAUAUGUUGACACCGCACGAGCUCUCGGAAGCUCCCAUUUACUUGAAGAGUUAGAUUUCAUUGAUAGGAAUGAUGAACAGAAGUUCUUGUCAAGUGCUGAUAUUCUCGUGACCAGUGCCAUGCCCGGUUUGAUUUCAGAUAUGCAAAAUGCAGUCAGGGAAGUUGUUAAAGGGAAGCAGUUAAAGGAUGUAAUUACCACGAGAGUUCUUGAAGAAACCGUGAUACGGAUUAUGGAUGUGUUCAUGAGCACUGGAAGUCCACAUCACUGGGUUGAUUAUUUAAUGAUGCCUCAAGACACAAAUCUUUCACGAAACACAAGUGGGUCUUCUGAUGAAACUGUAACCAAGUUUCAUCAACUUAUGGUUGAAACCCGAGAAGUACUCACCAGCACUGAAUUCACAGAUAUAGUGGAAAUUUCGCUCAAGUGUUUCACGGAUGCGUUGGUCGAGGAAAUGGAAACGCAGACUCUGUCUGGGGCUGGUUUGGCUACAGGGAUGCCAUUGGCAAAGGUCUUACCACAGAUUGAGAAGACAAUACAUGUCAUUACAGCUGAACCGAGCAAGAACCGGUUCUUACAACUCAUCAGAGAUCUGUCUGAAGUUCAACUCUUUUUCACUCUUUUAUACGCUAAUAUGCCGCAAUAGCUA